UAAAGCUAGCCCCAACAACCUGCACCUUGACCCAGGAAGAAAAGGCAGCAGCGGAUCGAGUCGGCGAGAGCAAUGGCGGCGCUCUACCUCGUGGCGACGAGGCUUUGCGACCUCGUGCUCGGGACAUCAACGAUACCUCUUCUCUCCUACCUUCGACCCCUCUUGCUGCUACAAAUGUUACUAUUUCCGAUUUGGGGUCUUCUCGAGCCAACCGCUGUCGAGAUGAACGUCGAUGAUGUGGCUCUGGAGGUCUUCAACAGUCUUCGGAACAAUCCAACCGAGGGUGAUAAAGAUUUAACCCUUGCUGAAGUGACCAGAAUUUUCGAGGCUUUGUCUGAGGUGCAGAAUAGAGAUGGUGCCGCUACAAGCAAUAUUGCCUCCUUGCACUAAAGAACCGAAGAAUGGCACGAAGUCGUUUUAUUACAGUAUACAAUACUACUACUAGAAGCCUACUAGAAUGUCCUGUCAACGUAUGUAAUGUUAAUUUUGGAUCUUUCCUAUUUUCUUGCCUCGCCUA